AGAGAAAUAAGAGAGAGAAAAAAAAAUAAAAGGUGAGAAAAAAGAGAGAGGGAUUGGGAGAGAGAGAGAGAGGGAGGGAGAGAGAGGGAGAUCGCCGCCGAGGAGAUCGAUCGUGCUCCGGCGAGGAGGAGCUUCCUCGGCGGGGGGAUUCGAUCUCUACCACUUUUUCUGUUUUUUUUUUUUAAAUUGGUUCAAUUUUGGGGGAGAAAAAAGGUGGGAUUUUUUGAAUAAAAGGUGGGAUUUUGAGGGAUUUUUUGGGGAUUUUUUUGGUUUGGUUUGGUUUGGUUUGGUUUGCUGGGUUUUCGCGAUGCCCGAGGCUGGGUAUUAUAAUAAUUCCAAGAAGACCGAUGAUAUAUGCGAGGAUGUUUGCGGAGAGCAGGCUUCGAAGGCGGCUCUGAGCAUGUCGAGGCUCCGGUGCGCGCUCCGCGGGUUCGAUUUCAGGGCCUUGUUGAUUCUCUUCAUCGGCGUUCCGCUCCUUAUUCUAUUCAUCUAUGUUCAUGGCCAAAAGAUCACCUACUUUCUCCGCCCCCUGUGGGAAUCCCCGCCGAAGCCGUUCACGGUGAUCCCUCACUAUUAUCAUGAGAAUGUGUCCAUGGAAAACCUAUGCCGGCUCCACGGAUGGGGGAUCCGCGAGAACCCCCGCCGUGUCUUCGACGCCGUGCUCUUCAGCAAUGAGCUCGACAUUCUCGAAAUCCGGUGGAACGAGCUGAGCCCCUAUGUCUCGGAGUUCGUGCUCCUCGAGUCGAAUUCAACGUUCACCGGCCUGGUCAAGCCCCUCUACUUCGCGAAGAACCGGCGCCAAUUCGAGUUCGCGGAGUCGAGGCUGACUUACGGGACGAUCGGAGGGCGGUUCGUGAAAGGGGAGAACCCCUUCGUCGAGGAGUCGUACCAAAGAGUGGCUCUGGAUCAGCUUAUCAGGAUCGCGGGAAUUACCGACGACGAUUUGUUGAUCAUGUCCGACGUCGACGAGAUCCCAAGCGGCCACACGAUCGAUCUCUUGCGGUGGUGCGAUGAUAUUCCUGAUAAAAUUCACCUCCAGCUACGGAAUUACUUGUACUCCUUCGAGUUCUACCUCGACGACCGGAGCUGGAGGGCCUCCGUGCACAAAUACCGUGCCGGGAGAACGAGAUACGCGCACUUCCGCCAGACCGAUGACUUGCUAGCGGAUUCCGGGUGGCAUUGCAGCUUCUGCUUCCGCCGCAUAAGCGACUUCGUAUUCAAAAUGAAGGCUUAUAGCCACGUGGACAGAGUGCGGUUCGCCUACUUCUUGAACCCGUCGAGGAUCCAGGAUGUCAUUUGUCGAGGGGCGGAUCUUUUCGACAUGCUCCCUGAAGAAUACACUUUCCAGGAAAUCAUUGCAAAGUUGGGGCCGAUCCCCCGCACUUUCUCUGCGGUCCGACUCCCCGGCCACCUAUUGAAAAAUGUCGAGAGGUUUAGAUACCUCCUCCCGGGAAAUUGUAGAAGAGAAAGUGGCUAAGUUGCCGAAACUUGUAUGAGUUAUUUCUUACAAAAGCUAUAAAGGGUCUCCUUGGGAAACUGACGCUACUAGGCUGAAUGAUUUGUUAUUUUUGGGUGUCCAUGAGCGUGGACGAGUUGUGGAGAUGAUUAUAUCUCUAAUGUUCCAUUGAAGAGGGCGUAUUUAUUUGCCGCAGGAGCUCAGAGGGAGUAUACUUACAAGGGAUUCGAGUUCAUUAUUCUACCGUCUUAUCGGUAUGUGAUAUCACACUGUUGUAGAAUUCAAACCUGGUGCUAGUUUUUAUGUUAUGGAAAUUGGUUCUUUUUCCCCUUGAAACUAAUUUAUUCAUCUAUUUAUCUUUUUGAACUUUGUUGUCGCAGAAUGUUUUACUGACUAGUAGGUUUUUGUACCAUUUGAUUUGUUUAUGCUCUCCUCUGGAGAAAAUUCUAAUCCAAGUUAUUGUGAUAUCUUCGCA